AAAUUGAGAAAUUAGAGACUUUUUCAUCCUUCUCACUUAACCGCUGCGAACACGACCACGAGACUUGCCACACAGUAAAUUUCUCAGUCGAUCUGUUUGUGCCUCAACGAAAGGACUAACGUUUUUCGCACUAUCCACACUCUACUGUUUUCUACUCACUCCUCUGUGCGACUUUCUGAUCUGUGACUGAUAAACAAUCCUCGAUUCUGAUGGCGGCGGAGGAGGGAUGGUGUGUAGUCACCGGAGGCCGUGGCUUCGCUGCCCGACAUUUGGUUGAAACGCUAAUCCGAUUAAACACCUACUGCGUCCGCAUCGCCGAUUUGGGUCCCACCAUUGAACUCGAACCAUCCGAACAAUUAGGGCUUCUCGGUCAAGCUCUACACUCCGGUCGUGCUCAAUAUGUUUCCGUUGAUCUUCGCAAUAAAGCUCAACUCCUAAAAGCAUUUGAAGGAGUUGAAGCUGUGUUUCAUAUGGCUGCUCCUAACUCUUCUAUUAAUAACUAUCAGCUACAUUAUUCUGUCAGUGUUGAAGGAACAAAGAAUGUUAUUGAAGCGUGUGUCGAGUUAAAAGUGAAGAGACUCGUUUACACGAGCUCUCCUAGUGUUGUUUUUGAUGGUGUUCACGGAGUUCAUAAUGGAAAUGAAUCAUUGCCUUAUCCGCCUAAGCAUAAUGAUCAUUACUCGGCUACUAAAGCAGAGGGUGAGGCAUUGGUUAUUAAGGCUAACGGGACUAGUGGACUAUUAACAUGCUGCAUACGCCCUAGCAGCAUUUUUGGACCUGGUGAUAAACUCUUGGUGCCUUCAUUGGUUGAUGCUGCCAGGGCAGGGAAAUCCAAGUUCAUUAUUGGUGAUGGCAAUAAUUUAUAUGAUUUCACAUAUGUUGAAAAUGUGGCGCAUGCCCACAUAUGUGCUGAUCGAGCUUUAGCUUCAGAGGAAAGCAUUUCCGAAAAAGCUGCAGGACAGGCAUACUUCAUCACAAAUAUGGAACCUAUUAAGUUUUGGGAAUUCAUGUCUCUGAUUUUGGAAGGUCUUGGAUAUCAAAGGCCAAGAAUAAAGAUCCCUGCAUUUGUUGUCAUGCCAAUUGCACAUUUGGUGGAGUUGGUAUAUAGGCUACUUGGCCCAUAUGGGAUGAAGGUACCUCAGCUAACCCCGUCCAGAAUAAGGCUCUUAUCUUGCACCAGAUCUUACGAUAGCUCAAAAGCAAAGGAUCGCCUUGGCUAUGUACCCAUCAUAACUCUUCAGGAAGGCUUGCGGAGGACAAUUGAAUCAUAUCCACAUUUGAGGGCCGAAGAUCAACUUACGUCUAAAAGAGAAGGUCCCUCCAAAGCUUCUGUUUAUCUUGGAAGUGGAAGAGUUGCGGAGACUUUGCUUUGGAAGGAUAGAAAACAAACUUUCACUACAUUGUUAGUCUUGAUAGCGAUAUAUGUCAACUUCAUUGCAUCUGAGAAUACCUUCAUUACUGCUCUUGCAAAGCUUCUAAUAUACUUAUCGAUCGGUUUAUUCAUUCAUGGCAUUCUUCCUGCAAAAAUAUUGGGGUACACUGUUGAGAAAAUGCCCACAUCAUGGUUUCACUUAUCAGAAGAUAGGGCAAAUCGAUUUGCUCUCUCAGUAGCCUCAUCUUGGAAUUUUGCUGUGAAUGCUUUAAAAUCUCUUGCAGAAGGGAACAAUUCGGUGUUGUUCUUCAAGGUUGUUUUCUCUCUGCUCGUUCUUAGCUUCCUGGGAGCAUUUUCACUUCAUAACUUGUAUACUACAGGUACUCUCCCCUUUUCAUUCUCAUGCUGUUUGUUUUAUUUGAAUUUACGAUGCUUGGAUGAGAAUGAUACUAGUUUGUUUCUUGUCUUGGUUUCAGGAAUUACCUUAGCAUUUAUAGCUUUCUACGUUUAUGAAAAGAAGGAGGAAGACAUUGACAACAUAUUUAUAAAAACACAUACUUUUGGGUGCAAGUUGAAAUCUGAUAUAACCAAGAAGUUUCUUACUUCAAAGAAAAUUGAUUGAUAGUUAUUUUUCUUCUUUCUUUUUUCUUUUCUGGUUGGUAAAAUUUAUUGAUAGCUCCUAGCCCAAGUUUUUUCUUAGAUGAGUGGGCCGAUGCUUCUUCAUUUACUCCACGUCGGAGUUCUCUGUAUCAUUGUAAUAUUAUUGUAAUGUAAUUUUGAUAUUCUGUAAUAACCUUUGAGUAGGUUGCAUCAAAACCUGUCAUAUAACCUUGCUCAUAAGCCAUAAUUUACUUUCAAAUGAGCUGGCUUGAACUAGCUCGGUUAAUCUAUUUAUGAAAUAAGUGAAAAGCUUGUCUAAGUUUAAGACAGAA